AAAGUCGUUUUGUGGAUGAUUGUGUUAAAAAAUUGGAAGAAAUGUUUACCGAUAUUGAGCUAUUGUAUCGUCAGCAUGGUGGAAGAUUUGGUAUUGCGUGGAAUGCGUCAAUUAGGGGUAUAAAAUUUAUACCCAGCAAGCAGAUAAUGGAAUUCGAUAUUAUUAGAAUUUGCGAAGACAUAAUGAAGUAUAUUGCAAGUAAUUCCAGCAUGCCUAAAAAAAGAAUGUCCUUACGUUUGGUUGCAACUUUAACAAAUGGAGUGGUUAAAAUAUUUAAACAGCAAGUUAAUAUUUGCGAAGAUGAAGUAAUACGUUUUAUAUCUCGAGUAACAGUUCCAUUAAUAUUCGAGAACAUUUCUUUUAUUGAGUCUAGAGAUAUUUUCCGUGAGCCAGAAUCCCCAAUACCUAUAGGCAAGAGGAAAAGAAGGGUAAAAAAAGCAGUUGAAGUCAGUCCCGAUAUUAUAGGUGACUUUAGACAAGCUCUAGAUACCUUAGAGCAACAAACAGCUAAAAAGCAAACGCCUACAGCUAGAAUAACAGACAUCACCAUCCAGGAAGACCUUCCUAUACGCAGACCGGAAGAACAGAUCGAGGGGUUUGGUGAAAUAGGAGGGCUCAUCCUACCAGAUGCCUUAGUUAGGACGUAA